UAGAGGGCCCUCUCUCUCUCUAACCCCUGACUGUGCUGGUGUGAGAAGUAUUUGUGAGGAAGAAGAAACUGUCAACAUGGCUAUGGUAUCAGAAUUUCUGAAACAGGCAUGGUUUAUUGAAAAUCAGGAGCAGGAAUGUAUUAAAAGUUCAAAAGGUGGCCCUGGGGUGCAGACAUACCCUAACUUUGAUCCAUCAGCUGAUGUAGUUGCUUUGGACAAAGCUAUUACUGUGAAAGGUGUGGAUGAAGCCACCAUCAUUGACAUCCUGACUAAAAGAACAAAUGCUCAGCGACAGCAGAUCAAAGCUGCCUAUCAGCAGGCUAAAGGAAAGACUCUUGAAGAAGCCUUGAAAAAAGUUCUGAAAAGCCACCUGGAAGAUGUUGUUGUGGCUCUGCUUAAAACUCCAGCUCAAUUUGAUGCUGAAGAAUUAAGAGCCUCUAUGAAGGGGCUUGGAACUGAUGAAAAUACUUUAAUUGAGAUUCUGGCUUCAAGAAACAACAGAGAGAUCAGAGAAGCCAGCAGAUACUACAAAGAAGUUCUGAAGAGAGAUCUGACACAAGACAUUAUCUCUGACACAUCUGGAGACUUUCAGAAGGCUUUGGUUGCUCUAGCCAAGGCUGACAGAUGUGAAGAUUUUCAAGUGAAUGAUGAGCUGGCUGACAAUGAUGCCAGGGCCUUGUAUGAAGCAGGAGAGAAAAGGAAAGGAACAGAUGUUAAUGUAUUUGUUACUAUUCUUACUACAAGAAGCUACCCACAUCUGCGAAGGGUCUUUCAGAAGUACACCAAAUACAGCAAGCAUGAUAUGAACAAGGUACUAGACUUGGAAUUAAAAGGUGAUAUUGAGAACUGCCUGACUGCCCUUGUGAAGUGUGCUACAAGCAAGCCAGCUUUCUUUGCUGAAAAACUCCACCUGGCAAUGAAGGGCUCUGGAACACGGCACAAAGAGCUCAUCAGAAUCAUGGUUUCACGUCAUGAAGUGGAUAUGAAUGAAAUCAAAGGGUAUUACAAGAGGUUGUAUGGCAUCUCUCUCCCCCAAGCCAUUAAGGAUGAACUCAAAGGGGAUUAUGAAAGCAUCUUAGUGGCUUUAUGCGGAAGUGAUAACUAAGUCUUAUAUUCCGAUAAUGUACUCAAGCUCUGUUCCUGAAGGUCUUUAUAUAUUAGCCUCAGCUGUCUAUAUAAAAUACAGGCUUUAUACAGUGAGAUUUCUCUGGAAUGGUACUCACAGUCUGUAUGUUUUGUCACAAACCUGUAACCCGGAAUGUAUUUUCUCAGUAUCUUUAUUCUGAAUGGCAUUAAUAUCUCUUGUUGCCAUUAUUUAUCCAAAGUCAAAUAAUGUCACUAAGUUUCUAUUUUCUUGACAAAUUAUGAAAAUCAUCUAUGCUAAGCAAAUACAUUUUAAAAAUAAAAUUAACCUGUAUGGAUCUUUUUA